AUGAAGCCGGUUUUGUGUUGGGUGUUGGUGAGAGGGAGUAACAAGUGGAGUCGUCUCUCCGUGGUGCUGGCGGUGGAUGUUUCCUGUCUUCACUUACGGGCCGCUGGGGUUGAAUUCCCAUCAGUGGAGAUGUGUUUUCCAUUUCUACAGCCUGUGAUGACCACUUCCUGCGUGGUCAAUCUCCGCCUGUGUGAUACGCGGCAGAUUCCGUCGUGCCCACGUGGUGGCAGAUGA